CAAACCCUCUCGCUUCUCAUUUGAUUCACUAACUCCAAGAAAAAGAACAACCCUAUUCAAGUUAUAGUAAACACAUUGUAAUGUGUUAGGUUUUAGCUUAUGUUUCCCCUUUCAAUGCCUCUCAUUUAAGAAAAAAGGAGAGCUCAAUUGUACAAACAAAAGACAUAACCAGCUAGCGCCCUUUUUUCUUUUUUUUUUGGGUUUACUUGUCCUUGUCCCUCUUCUUUCUAAAACCAUUCGUUUUUCCCACCCCUAAAAACAAUCCUAGAUAAAGAAGAAUAGAAUAAAGUGCUCAAGUGAACGAAUAAGGCAAAAAAAAGGGCAUUCGUUACUUUGUUUAAAAACAAGAGGGGUCAUUUCUUCAUAUUCUUUUUUUGGCCAUGGCCAUCAAUUCUAACUUCAAGCUUCCUAUAAUGUGGAAUGCUUUUUUGGUUGCUCUGUUAGCUUCCUGGGUUUGUUCAGUUACUGCUUCUGUUUCCUAUGACCGAAAGGCCAUCACCAUUAAUGGCCAAAGGAGGAUCCUCAUUUCUGGUUCCAUUCACUACCCAAGAAGCUCGCCUGAGAUGUGGCCAGAUCUUAUACAGAAGGCUAAAGAAGGAGGGUUAGAUGUGAUUCAGACAUAUGUUUUUUGGAAUGGCCAUGAGCCUGCACCUGGCAUGUAUAACUUCGAAGGAAACUAUGAUUUGGUCAAAUUUAUUAAGCUGGUGAAGCAAGCAGGCCUCUAUGUUCAUCUCAGGAUUGGACCUUAUGUCUGCGCUGAAUGGAACUUUGGGGGUUUUCCUGUUUGGCUCAAGUACAUUCCCGGUAUCAAUUUCAGAACAAACAACCGACCUUUCAAGGCUCAGAUGCAAAGAUUUACUGAGAAGAUUGUUGGUAUGAUGAAAGCUGAGAGGUUGUUUGAGUCUCAAGGAGGUCCUAUUAUUCUAUCUCAGAUUGAAAAUGAAUAUGGGCCCAUGGAAUACGAACUUGGAGCACCUGGUAAAGCUUACAGUGACUGGGCAGCUAAAAUGGCUGUAGGACUAGGCACUGGUGUCCCAUGGGUCAUGUGCAAGCAAGAUGAUGCACCUGAUCCUAUUAUUAACACCUGCAAUGGUUUCUAUUGUGACUACUUCUCUCCUAACAAGGCCUACAAACCAAAGAUGUGGACUGAAGCCUGGACAGGCUGGUAUACUGAAUUUGGAGGGGCAGUUCCUUACCGACCUGCUGAAGACAUGGCAUUUGCUGUUGCGAGGUUUAUACAGAAAGGAGGAGCCUUCAUAAAUUAUUAUAUGUAUCAAGGAGGAACAAAUUUUGGCCGAACUGCUGGGGGUCCAUUCAUUGCUACUAGCUAUGAUUAUGAUGCUCCUCUUGAUGAAUAUGGACUAAAGAGGCAACCAAAGUGGGGCCAUUUGAAGGAUUUGCAUAGGGCUAUAAAGCUCUGUGAACCAGCUUUAGUAAAUGGAGAUCCCACUGUGAUUCAACUUGGAAACUAUGAGGAGGCUCAUGUAUUUAAUUACAAGACCGGAGGUUGUGCGGCCUUCCUUGCGAAUUACAACCCAAAUUCUUACGCAAAAGUUGCCUUUAGGAACAUGCACUACAACCUACCUCCUUGGUCCAUCAGCAUUCUUCCUGACUGCAAGAAUACUGUGUAUAACACUGCAAGGGUUGGUGCCCAAAUUUCACGGAAGAAGAUGGUUCCUGUUCCCAUGCAUGGAGGAUUCUCUUGGCAGGCAUGCAAUGACGAGACAGCUUCAGAUGUUGACAGUACAUUCACGAUGGUUGGGUUGUUGGAGCAGAUAAAUACAACUAGAGAUGCGACUGACUAUUUGUGGUACACAACAAAUGUUAAGAUUGACCCCAGGGAAGGAUUCUUGAAGAAUGGAAAAUCUCCUGUUCUCACUAUCUUUUCAGCUGGCCAUGCUUUGCAUGUUUUUGUCAAUGGUCAACUAUCAGGAAGUUCCUAUGGAAGUCUAGAAUUCCCCAAACUAACAUUCAACCAAGGUGUUAAUCUGAGAGCUGGUGUCAAUACAAUUUCACUUCUAAGCAUUGCUGUUGGUCUCCCCAAUGUCGGUCCACAUUUUGAGACAUGGAAUGCUGGUAUUCUUGGCCCUGUUACAUUGAAUGGUCUGAAUGAGGGAAGGAGAGAUCUCUCAUGGCAGAAAUGGUCUUACAAGAUUGGCCUUAAGGGAGAAGCAUUGAGUCUUCAUUCACUAAGUGGUAGUUCCUCAGUGGAGUGGGCAAAGGGGUCAUUAGUGGCACAGAGGCAACCGCUGACAUGGUACAAAACAACUUUCAAUGCUCCGGCUGGAAAUGCUCCGUUGGCCUUAGAUAUGAAUAGUAUGGGAAAAGGUCAGAUUUGGAUAAAUGGACAAAGCAUUGGACGCCACUGGCCUGCAUAUAAAGCAUCUGGAAAUUGUGGUGCCUGUAACUAUGCUGGAACAUUUAGGGAGAACAAAUGUGGAACUAAUUGUGGAGAGGCAUCUCAAAGAUGGUAUCAUGUUCCUCGUUCAUGGCUCAACCCGACUGGGAACUUGUUGGUUGUGUUUGAAGAAUCGGGUGGAGAUCCAAAUGGAAUUUCAUUGGUUCGCAGAGAAACUGACAGUGUUUGUGCUGAUAUCUAUGAGUGGCAACCAACCCUAAUGAAUUACGAGAUGCAAGCCUCUGGUAAAGUCAACAAACCCCUAAGGCCAAAAGUCCAUUUAGAGUGUGAUGCAGGGCAGAAAAUCUCGGCUGUAAAGUUUGCUAGCUUUGGAACUCCUGAAGGGGUCUGUGGAAGCUACCGUGAAGGAAGUUGUCAUGCUCACCACUCAUAUGAUGCUUUUAAUAGGCUUUGCUUAGGACAGAACUUCUGCACAGUGACCGUAGCUCCUGAAAUGUUUGGAGGAGACCCGUGUCCUAGUGUCAUGAAGAAGCUCUCAGUGGAGGUCAUUUGCAGCUGAUGGAGCUCAUCAGAAAGUACAUGAAAUAAACAUGGUUCUUCAUUGUUUUUUCUCAAUCCAACAUGUCAUUCUGCACUUUUUUGGGUUAUUUUGGAUAAAUAAGCCCACAAUCCCCAGAUCACAACACCAACCAUUUGUUUUGGCAUUCCCAGGUGAAGUUGUACAAAUGCACAACACACCCCCUGGGUAUAAUAAGCUCUUAUAUAAAUUGUGAAAAAUGAUUGGAGAUAAGCUCUAUGUAUAUAUACAAAUUGUUCGUUCUGCAUGAUAUACAGAAGGAAGCAGUGAUCAGAGCCAGUAGAAGCUCAUUGAGACGACAGUUUAUACUGAGUCCAUGUGCAAAGGUUUUUGUUGUUUAGGAUAUUGAAAGCCUCUGGUUUGUAGUAAAAAUUUAUUGCCGUUGUAAUCUAUUUUAACUUCUUGGGAAGCAAUCCCUUUAUUGCUUUGUACUUUGUAAUUGUAAGAAAAGCUUGAGAAUGCAAUAAAAUCUAGUAUUUCAAGAUUGUCUCAA